GAUACGGUAAGGUGUCAGACAUGGCGUUGUGUGCCAAACAUGGCGCACAGCUCACUAAUCUCAUCCAAUUCCACCACUGCCAAACAUUUCAUUAAGAGAGGGAAGAAGGGAGUGCCUCUGUGUCUAUAGAAUUGUUUUAGAUCACUGACACAGGGAGAAGGACACGGAGAUAAGAUAGAUAGAGAGGCGCAGAGGUCGAUCAAAGAAAUAGGAGCUGUGAUACGAAGUAAUGGCGGCCGCCUCAUCGUGUCCUUCGUUCCUCUUCUUCCUCUUGUUAUCUACAGCUCUGUUCGUCUCCGGCGAGGCUACUUCUCUCCUGCCGUUGGCUAACCUCGCUGCCCUUACCUUUGAGGAAGGCUACACGCAGCUCUUCGGAGACUCCAAUCUCAUGCUUCACGGCGACGGCAGGACCGUCCAUCUUUCCCUUGACGAGAGAACAGGAGCUGGAUUUGCAUCGCAAGACCUCUAUUUGCAUGGGUUCUUCAGCGCCUCCAUCAAGCUUCCCUCCGACUACGCUGCCGGAGUUGUCGUCGCCUUCUAUCUGUCAAAUGGAGAUUUAUUCGAGAAGACACAUGAUGAAGUAGACUUUGAGUUCUUGGGGAACAUAAGAGGGAGGGAAUGGAGAGUGCAGACCAACGUUUAUGGGAACGGGAGCACUGCCGUCGGAAGGGAAGAGAGAUAUGGCCUCUGGUUCGAUCCUACAGAGGACUUCCACCAGUACUCAAUCCUUUGGAGCCACCAGAGGAUUAUAUUUUACGUCGACAACAUCGCAAUUAGAGAGGUGGUGAGGACUGAAGCCAUGGGCGGGGAAUUCCCUUCAAAGCCCAUGUCCCUAUAUGCCACAAUAUGGGAUGGCUCAACCUGGGCUACUUUAGGGGGGCGGUACAAGGUCAACUACAAAUACGCCCCAUACGUAGCCAAAUUUGCAGACCUCGUGCUCCAUGGCUGCUCUGUCAACCCUAUGGAUCAUAGAACGGUUAGCCAGGGAUCUGAUGCUGGAGCUUGUGAUUCCAUAAGAUUGUCAACUGCUGAUGAAAGAACUGCAAUGGCGAAGUUCCGGAGGAAACACAUGACCUACUCCUACUGCCAUGAUCGCGUCCGCUACCGAUCACCACCAGAUGAGUGUGGCAUUGGCCCUGAAGCGAAGAAUUUCCUUCCAUCUGGUGAAUCAAAACUCGGUAAGCGACAUGGUCGCAGUUCCUUGGGAGCAGUCCUUUGAACCGCGGCAGGUACUUUGGCAGGAUUCUUUUUGGUGUAACAUGUGAUUGGGUGCUGUAUAGCAAAUUUAUUUGCAGUGUUGGUUAGAUUAACAUUGUUUAGACGGCAUGCAUAUUUGUAUCACCUGGUUUUGCUGUUCGAGCCUGUUUUGUGGGUCUAUUUUGCUCAUGAGUGUGUCCUUAUCUCCCUCAUCCGCUGGUGUUACUGAUGUUAUUAUUAUUAUUUUAAUCAGGUAUCAGUUUACAUUGAUUAAUUCA